AUGACUAUCCCCGACUGGCAACAGAAAGCCGCGGCUAAACAGGCCGAAGCCGUCGCCAAAAUUCCCAAGGAAUGGCGAGUGCCCGAGAGCAUCCUACAGGAUGUCGAUAACGAGCAAGGAGUGCUAGCUAUCCCUCAGCGCUGCGGUAUCCUCACUCCCAAAGAGCUGGAGAUCACGGAAACCGUUGAUGCUACGGCUCUACGAGACAAGCUUGUUUCUCAAGAGCUGACGGCCGUGGAGGUCACCACUGCAUUUUGCAAGCGCGCCGCCAUUGCCCAACAGAUUACUUCCUGCUUGACGGAGACCAUGUUUCCACAAGCACUGGCACGGGCUAAAGAACUGGAUGAGUACCUCCAGAGGACCGGGAAACCGAUGGGCCCACUGCACGGCCUGCCAAUCAGUCUGAAGGAAACAUUCAAUGUCCAAGGCGUGCACUCCUCUCUUGGCCUGGUUUCGUUCCUUGACCGACCCGAGGCCUCCCAGAACUCCGCCUUGGUGGAGAUCCUCCUAGCUGCGGGCGCUGUACUAUACGUCAAGACCAACGUUCCCCAGACGAUGAUGACGGCCGAUUCCGAAAACAACGUGUUUGGUCGUGUUCUGAACCCACACCGCCGCAACCUGACGGCAGGCGGUAGCAGUGGUGGAGAGGGAGCGCUCAUAGCCUUGCGUGGAUCGCUUCUAGGAAUCGGCACCGAUAUCGCAGGCUCCAUCCGGAUUCCAGCAUUGUGCUGCGGUACGUUUGGCUUCAAGCCUAGUGUCGGUCGCGUGCCGUACGCAGGCCAGAGCAGCGCGGCCCGUCCAGGCAUGACCGGCAUAGCACCAGUAGCGGGACCAUUGUGUCACUCAGCUCGUGACGCCGAGCUUCUGCUGCGGGUGGUGAUGGAUGCGCCGGUUGAUGACCUCGACGACAAUGUUCUUGGCUUUCCCUGGGUAGAACCGGCUCCCCUAGCUACCCCAACCCUUACUAUCGGAGUUCUACCCGAAGAUCCGCAGGUGCCCUUGCAUCCGAAUAUGCAACGCACUUUGAAAGCAGCAGUUGAAAGGCUUGCAGCGGCGGGCCAUCGUAUUGUGGGCCUCUCCGGUCAGAUCGAGUGCAUCAACGAAGCAUCUGAUAUAUCAUUUCAGUUCUUCCGGAUCGAUCCCGACCAAACACAGGUCCAGCACGUCUCAAGAAGUGGAGAACCUUUCAUCAAGUCCCUGCGUUACACGUACAACCUGGAAGGUAACGAUCCAGAACCGACACUGCGAGAUUUAUUCGAUCUGAAUGUGGCGCGAGCCAACGUGGCGGCGAUCAUGCGCCGUGUGUAUGUGGAGAACCGACUCGACGUGAUCAUCGGCCCAGGAAACCAGAGCUGUGCUGGGCCCCAUGAUACUUAUGGAAUUCCAGUGUACACAGUCUUGGCAAACUUAGUGGAUUAUCCUGCCUGUGUUAUUCCUUUCGGAAAGGCUAACGAGGCCGCUGAUGCGGAAUAUAUGCGAGAUGUCACCUAUAACCCUCCAUAUUGCCCGAAAGAGGUUGAAAAUGCCCCCUGUCACGUGCAGCUCAUUGGUCGCAGACUGAAGGAUGAAAGGUUGAUGCAGCACGCUAAGAUCGUUGAGAGCGUGCUUGCAAGCAAGUCGAUAUGA